GCACACAGGAGUCACAACAAACGACAGCCGUUGGCUGCGAGCGGCCGUUAGCUCAGUGACUGUCAGGAGGCCGGGGCUGGAGCUGCCGUUUGAGAGGGUCCGGACACACACGGUGGAGGAGUGGGGCUUCAGCUACCGGAGCCGCCCCGCCGUUCGGUUAGAAUGUUAGCACCGGAGCAGAGAGCAGAGCGCCGAACAGCCCGCUGAUUCACACCGAUAACCCGGAUAACCCCCACAGUCCACACACACACGCGCGCAGACCAACGUUAACUAGCAUCUGGUAAUCGGUGCGUUCGGGAAACCAGUCCGCUGCCGAUGGACCUUCAGCUGGCUGCUAGCCGCUGCUAACUUUAGCCCGACAAGCUACAUGCUAACAGGCUAACACAUUAAGCAGCCAGCUCAGCAGCGUUAGCGAACUGUUAUUGCGGAGCGGCUGGCGGUCACCAUGCUAUCAUCCCGGUAAACAGAAGUAUAUCCAACAACCCAGCAACAGCUAGGUGCUAGCCGUGGAGCUAACGGUUAGCUGAGCAACAUCUGGCCGCAGCCAGCUCUCCUUGUAGCGGCCGAGGAUGGUCGCAGUGACAGCAGCUGCUCUGGAGGAACGACCUGCCCCCGCUGGACGUUCUGAGGCUCCUAGCUUCGCCCUCCCUGCUGGAGUGAGGCUCAGGUUGUCAGCGUUCAUGUAAACCGGUGAAUCGUGCGUGUCGGCCCCGCUGCGGCGCUCAGACCCCGCAGCAGCAGCCAUGCAGGCGGCUCAGCUGCAGUACGACUUCUUCAGCGAGGAGAACGCACCGAAAUGGAAAGGCCUGCUGGUGCCCUCGCUGGAAAAGGUCCUGAACCAGGUGCAUCCUAACCUGGUGUCCCAGCAGGAGGCGCUGCAGUACAUUGAGGAGCUGAUCCUGCUGCUGCUCAGCAUGUUGUGUCAGGCUCAGCCUCGCACUGUGCAGGAUGUGGAGGAACGAGUUCAAAAAAGUUUUCCUCACCCGAUCGAUAAGUGGGCGAUCGCUGAUGCACAGGCUGCCAUUGAGAAGAGGAAGAGGAGGAACCCGUUGGCUCUACCUGUCGAAAAGAUCCACCCACUUCUCAAGGAGGUACUAGGCUAUAAGAUCGAUCACCAGGUGUCAGUCUACAUGGUGGCUGUGUUGGAGUACAUCUCAGCCGACAUCCUGAAACUGGCAGGAAACUACGUCAGGAACAUCCGACACUAUGAGAUCUCCCAGCAGGACAUCACUGUGGCCAUGUGUGCUGACAAGGUGCUGAUGGACAUGUUCCACCAGGACGAGGAGGACAUCAGCGGCUUCCCUCUGAUGGAUGAGGAACCAUCAGCCAAUGAGGAGCAGAGUUAUUACGAGCUGGUGAGGAGCUUCAUGUCGGAUGGGCGACAGUACCUGAGGCAGCUCAACCUGCUCAUCAAGGUGUUCAGAGAGCCCUUCAACUCCAACCCCAUGCUGUUCUCUCAGCACGAUUUGGACAGUAUCUUCAGUCGGAUCGUUGAUAUCCAUGAGGUGACGGUGAAGCUGCUGGGUCUGAUUGAGGACACUGUGGAGAUGACAGAUGAAGGCAGUCCUCAUCCUCUGGUGGGAAGCUGCUUUGAGGACCUGGCUGAGGAGUUGGCCUUUGACCCUUAUGAGACAUAUGCGCAGGACAUCUUACGCUCUGGUUUCCAUGAACACUUCCUGAGUCAAGUCUCUAAACCAGGUGCUGCGUUCCACCUCCAGUCUAUCUGUGAAGGUUUCAAAGAAGCUGUUCAGUAUGUUCUUCCCAGACUGCUGCUCACUCCUGUUUACCACUGUCUGCACCUGUUUGAGAUCCUCAAGCAACUGGAGGAGAAGAGCGAGGAUGAGGAGGAUAAAGAAUGUCUGAAGCAGGCCAUCACAGCUCUGCUCAACCUGCAGAGCAGCAUGGAGAGAAUCUGUUCCAGGAGCCUCGCCAAGAGGAGGCUCAGUGAGUCGGCCUGUCGCUUCUACAGCCAUCAGAUGAAGGGGAAGCACCUGGCAAUCAAGAAGAUGAACGAGAUCCAGAAAAACAUCGAUGGCUGGGAGGGAAAGGACAUCGGCCAGUGCUGCAACGAGUUCAUCAUGGAAGGCACGCUGACUCGUGUGGGUGCCAAACACGAGCGCCACAUCUUCCUUUUUGAUGGCCUGAUGAUCUGCUGCAAGUCCAACCACGGCCCACCGCGGCUGCCCGGUGCCGGCUCCACUGCAGAGUACCGACUGAAAGAAAAGUUCUUCAUGCGCAAAGUCCAGAUCAACGACAAGGACGACAAGGAGGGUGAGUACCGGCACGCGUUCGAGAUCAUCUUGAAGGACGGGAACAGCGUGGUGUUCGCUGCCAAGUCGGCCGAGGAGAAAAAUGGCUGGAUGGCGGCGCUGAUCUCACUGCAGUACCGCAGCACCCUGGAGCGCAUGCUGGACUCGGCCAUGCUGCAGGAGGAGAAGGAGGAGCAGAUGAGGCUGCCUGGGGCCGAGGUGUACCGAUUUGCCGAACCGGACUCGGAGGAGAACGUGGUGUUUGAGGAGAACGUCCAGUCCAAGUCCGGGAUCCCCAUCAUCAAAGCAGGAACCGUCCUGAAACUGAUAGAGAGGCUCACCUUCCACAUGUACGCAGAUCCAAACUUUGUCCGAACAUUUCUGACCACCUACAGAUCUUUCUGUAAACCUCAGGAGCUGCUGGAUCUGCUCAUUGAGAGGUUUGAGAUACCGGAGCCGAGGCCGAGCGAGGUGGAUCAGAUGGAGGGAGGAGAGCAGCCACUCAGCGCUGAACUUAAACGUUUCCGCAAAGAGUUUGUUCAGCCGGUUCAACUCAGAGUGCUGAAUGUUUGUCGCCACUGGGUGGAGCAUCACUUCUAUGACUUUGAGAGAGACGCUCACCUGCUGAGACAGCUGGAGGAGUUCAUUGCCUCCGUCAGAGGUAAGGCAAUGAGGAAGUGGGUGGAGUCCAUCACUAAGAUCAUCCAGAGGAAGAAGCAGGUUCAGGUGAGUGUGCCCAGCCACAGCAUCACCUUCCAGAACUCUCCUCCUCCAAUCGAGUGGCACAUCUGUAAACCAGGAAACAUUGAGCAGUUCGACCUGAUGACGCUGCACCCCAUCGAGAUCGGCCGGCAGCUCACCCUGCUGGAGUCUGACUUUUACAGGGCGGUGCAACCAUCUGAGCUGGUUGGGAGUGUCUGGACCAAAGAGGACAAAGAGAUUCACUCCCCCAACCUGCUGAGGAUGAUACGACACACCACCAACCUCACACUGUGGUUUGAAAAAUGCAUUGUAGAAACGGAGAACCUUGAGGAACGAGUCGCCGUCGUGUCGCGAAUCAUAGAGAUCCUGCAGGUUUUUCAGGAACUCAACAACUUCAAUGGAGUUCUGGAGGUGGUCAGUGCCAUGAACUCGUCUCCGGUCUACAGACUGGACCACACCUUCGAGCAAAUUCCGAGUCGGCAGAGAAAAAUCCUGGAGGAAGCUCAUGAGCUCAGUGAAGAUCACUACAAGAAGUAUUUAGCUAAACUGCGCUCCAUCAACCCCCCCUGCGUCCCUUUCUUUGGGAUCUACCUGACUAACAUCCUGAAGACGGAGGAGGGGAAUCCAGACUUCCUGCGCAGACACGGCAAAGAUCUGAUCAACUUCAGCAAGAGGAGGAAAGUGGCUGAAAUCACAGGAGAGAUCCAACAGUACCAGAACCAGCCAUACUGUCUGAGAGUGGAGAGUGACAUUAGGAGGUUCUUUGAGAACCUGAACCCAAUGGAGGACAUGUCCGAGAAGGACUUCGCUGAUCAUCUGUUCAACAAAUCACUGGAGAUCGAACCUCGAAACGCCCGAUCGUUACCUCGAUUUGUGAAGAAGUACACCUGUCCUCUGAAGUCUCCUGGGAUCCGUCCAACUUCUACAAGGCCCGGCACAAUGCGACACCCGACACCGCUGCAGAAUGAGCCCAGGAAGAUCAGUUACAGCCGCAUUCCUGACAAUGAGACCGAGGGAGGGGCUGCCUCCGCCCCCAAUUCCCCCCGUACCCCCCUGACUCCACCCCCUGCCUCCGCCGCCUCCAGCUCCACAGAUGUAGGCAGCGUGUUCGACUCGCCACAGGGUCCCAGCAGCCCUUUUCACUCCACCUGCGACAGUAUCUUCUCUUUGCCUCAUGGUCCACGGUCGUCCUCAGUCUCCUCCAUGGUCAGUUUCAGUCGGGGUUCUGAGGACAUUUCAGUUCCUCCUCCCGUUCCUCCUCGCAGACGUCCUGAGUCGGCUCCUGCUGAGUCGUCUCCCUCUAAGAUCAUGUCAAAGUUGGACAGCCCCCCUGCCGUCCCCCCUCGUCAGCCCACUUGUAAGCUCUACCCUCCUCGUUACUCCUCGUCUCUGUCCUCAUCAUCUCCUCCAGACAGCCCCCCUUCCCUGCCUCCUCGGGAGCCUCUCAGCUCUCCUCUGCACCUCCUCCCCCCUCCUCAGGGCCGCUCCCGCUGUGACUUGCUGCCUCAGGCCUUCUUCCCUUCCACCACCUCCUCCUCCCCCUCCAUCAGUUCCAUCUCCAUCACCUCUUCCUCACCACCCCUCCCUCACCCCGCCCCUGUGACCCCCAUCCCCUCCCCCGCUUCUAGGAAAAUGCCCCUCCCCUCCCCACCUCUCCCCCUCCUCCCCCUGGAUGGGCCCCCAGUGCCACCCCGACAUGGUGUCCCCAAACUACCCCCCAAGACCUAUAAGAGGGAGUCUUUGAGCCACGCACCUCUGUUGGACACGCCCCCUGCACUGUGAUUGGACAGUCUGGACUUCCUGAAGAACCAGCGCGGCUGAAUGGACAGUUUGUGGAGGAGGUGGGGUUAAACAAGCCAACACUACAGCUCAUCGGGUCAGAAUGAACCAAACAAAAGGAUCAAGACAAGAAACAAAACAUCUGAUUGACCAAGCAGGGCAUUCUGAUCUGAUCCAGACUGGGAUUAAAGUAAAGAUCAUGUGCCCUUAUUCUGAAAAACUGAUUGUGGAACAUUGGAGAACUUUGGAGAACAUUGUGUGUGACUUUGGUCAUUUUUUCAUUUCCGUCUGUGAGCUCAAAGCUGAUCGGUCCUCCUUAUGUCAAACAGGGACAGAGGGGAUUGUGGGUAAUGAAGUGCCCCACAGGCUGAAGUGGACUUGAGGUAGGUUUGAGGGGGGCUUCAGGUACCAGAACAGAACCAAAGAGGUACUGUAUUGGUUCUAGAGGACCUGAUAUUGAUUGUCUCUGCUUGUUAAUGAAGAUGUAAACAAACGUGAUCAUUGCGUUCUUUGAAACAAGGGAAUAAACAUGUUUCUACCAGAGAGCUGGCUGAACAACA